UUUCCUGUCGUGACACCUGAUAAGUUGGUGUUAGUAUUAGGAGAUCUUCACAUUCCCCACCGCUGCAACAGCCUCCCAGCCAAAUUCAAAAAACUGCUGGUUCCAGGAAAGAUCCAGCACAUCCUCUGCACAGGAAACCUCUGCACCAAGGACACUUAUGACUACCUCAAGACCCUGGCUGGGGAUGUUCACGUUGUCAGAGGGGACUUUGAUGAGAACCUGAAUUAUCCUGAACAGAAAGUUGUAACUGUUGGACAGUUCAAAAUCGGGCUGAUUCAUGGCCAUCAGGUUAUUCCUUGGGGUGAUAUGGCCAGCCUGGCGCUGCUACAAAGGCAGUUUGAUGUGGACAUCCUAAUUUCAGGACAUACGCACAAAUUUGAGGCAUUUGAACAUGAAAACAAGUUCUAUAUCAAUCCAGGAUCAGCUACAGGAGCUUAUCAUGCCUUAGAGAACAACAUCAUUCCUUCAUUUGUGCUGAUGGAUAUCCAGGCUUCUACAGUAGUCACAUAUGUCUAUCAACUAAUUGGAGAUGAUGUGAAAGUAGAAAGAAUUGAGUACAAAAAGUCUUAAAAAUGUAUUUGCUUGUCUGGUAUUUUUACCAUCUCAUGCUGAACUGCAAGUUACUACAAUACUUGAUUGCUAGUUUACAGUACUACACUUACUCACUAACAGCUUAACAAUGUAGCUUAUUGGUAAUUUUAAAAUAAUUGUGUUUGUUUGCUUUUCUCUGUAUGAAUUGAUUUGUAAAAUAUUCCAUGAAAAGAACUGUUUAAAUACUGUUCCUUAAUGUUGUAAUAAACUCCACUUCAUAGAAAAACUAAGCUUUAUGAACUGUUGUUGGGAAAAAAAUGCAACAGUUGUAGGUGCUUUUAAAAUGCCUGAUGCUCUGGUUUGGUGACUGACUUCUAAAGGAUGCUGGUAAAGGGCUUGGACGAGAAGAUUGAGGGCUCUGGGGCCAUGUUGUGUUUGCUUUGGAAUCCAGUUGAUAUUUCAUUUUCUCAAUUUAACAUUCC